AUGCCAAUACGGAAGAAGCAGGAGGUGUGUGGCAAGCCCACUCAGUACAACCUCCAGACAUGUGAGUACGACUGGAAGUAUCUCCCUGACACACACUUCAACAUUGAAGCAAAGUCACCACGAAGGAGACAGCCUUCCGUGCAGUCAAACGUUCCGUUGGAAAGGAGCUUGGGCACAUCUUGGAGCCCAGUGAUCCCGAGAUCCCCUCAAAAACUUGAGCUCCCGGCUGUCAUACCCCUUUCGCCGGCCCCAUUGAUGGGGACGCCACAUGGCAUGAAGGUGGAGCCGCAGGCGCCCCCUCUUCCAUGGUCGCAUGACGAACUACGUCGGCUUGUCUAUGCAAACCAGUCGGAAGCGCAGCGGUCGUACUUGCUGAACUGA